AUGAAAUAAGAGGAUUCUCAGUCACCCAGUCUUUGCGGGUACAUCAACUUCUUCCAAGUCUUAGGAGAAAUGGAAUCAGAGGGUCUAAUCACACAAUAAGAGAAAAGAAUCAUCAAGUAGAAAAUAACUGUAAAAGAACCCUCUCUCAUGCUGCUAUUGUCUAAAUAAUAGGAAGACACCCAGAUCAAAUCGGAAUUGCUGUCACUCUUGUCUUCUUUCCAGAUGACUCGUUCCAAAUCACACACUCAAGAAUUUUGUUCAUCCAAAAAACAAGGACAACAAUUUCAAGUAAUGCAGAUAUAUAUUUCACAUAGACUCAAACCAUCUAACUCAUGGAUCAACUAAUCAUCCAAUUGAAAUGCAUGCAACAAUAUGCCAAUCAACAAGUAAUUGAGUUUAGCCUAUUUUGCAUUAGAUCACUUAGGAAUUUAAGUCUAAAAUUGAGCAACUCAGAAAUAUACUCGACUCAUUGGAUCAAGAUGAAGAUGUCGAUUACUCCUUUGUUGAACUCCUCCAAUCAAACUAUUAAUAGAUUAAGGUAAUGUAGUCCUUACAGUUAGCAAAGGUAUUCUCGUUACAUGAAUUCACUCCUUGAAUUGAUGGAUGAGAAAGUCGAACCCAAAGACAUCCAGGCAUUUCUAAACACCUUCCUAAAUCAACUCAUCGGGUGUCAGACUUACAGUUUCAUACUCCUCAAAGAUCAAAAGGUUCAAAUCCACCAGGAGGACAAGUUCGAAGAAUUCCAAAUCACCAAAGAUGUCCUUGAUGAUUUGGUUAAUUUGCAACAAAUAACAGAGGUCCACUCUUUGAACACUCUCAAACAGUACUACCAAAGUCCUAAUAAUUUUAUACUCAAACUCACAGAUUACUAAUACUUUGUGAUGCAAUUGGAUCCCAACUUCAUGUCAUUUGUUAUGUUGUCCAAGCAGUAUAAUUACAUGGAUUCCUUGAUAGAUUUAGCUCAAUUUGUAAUAUAUACUUCAUAACAAAUCAAAGUCCAGUACUUCAGUAUUCUGUCUAUUGGAGACACUGUCUUGGAAUUUGGUCUAGAAAUAGUAAGAUGCUCCAAGUAUCUACUCAUUGAGAAUAUACUCUAAACCAUUCGCAAACAAUAUUAGGUCCACGAGAUCUCUGAACACUAACCAAAUGUGAUCACUCUCAAAUUUAAGGAUUCCUCCUCUCAACAUCUAUUUGCCUCCAAUCUAGAUCUUAAAAAACAAUAAGACUUAUUGAUCUACAACACUGUCAAUCAAAUCUACCAACGAUACUAGCAGUUUAUUAAAUAGUGUUACGAGAGAAUGCAAUUCUAUAAGUACUUUUUAAGAUCCAAAAACUUAUUCAUGAUUGAUUUUGAUAAGCAGGGUCGCUUACGUUUUUUGAGCAGAGCCUUGUCACAGAAGAUUAAGAUGUAAUUUCACAUUGAAAAAAUCUAAAUUGACUCUACCUACAAGUAGAUCUUCACAUAGAAUCAGCAAAUGCUUCAAAAUAUUGAAAAUUACAUAAGCAAUGCUAAGUGGAAAUUAACUCAACAGGAGGAGGAUUAAAAUAAGCAAUAUGAAAUAUUCAUAAGGAAGGAGGAGAAGCACUUCAAAGGAUUCACUUUGAUCCUCUCAGAAAAUGAAUGGGUGCGUAAAAAGACUCAGCCUCCAACCAAUGGAAAGACUAUAAGACAAUAAUUGCUGCAGACAGAAACCUUGGAUUACAUAAAGAAACUCGAAGAAUUUAAUCCUGAUAUCAGAAACUCUGUAGUUGCGAUGUACAUGCCUUAAAUACAAGAAUGCAAUUCAAAUGUUUAACAAACUUAGAAGACUCCAACUUUGGUGUUUAGAAAAAUUGACAAGGGGCAGGUUGUUGGAAAGAAUAGCUUCUUCUUUAAACAAAGGGAGGAAGAAAGAAGAUUUAUGAAAACUAAUCCAAAUAAGUUUAAUGAGUCUCACCUAAUUCUUAGAGAAGAAGACUGCGAGUUGGAUUCUCUAGAUUUCAACAUUCAUUUAGUAAUAUUUCUGUCUAGUAUUUUUAGAUUAAAUCUACAGUGGAGAAGUAGAGAAUAGUAUGGUCAUUGCUAGAAAGAAACAACUUUAAUUAAAUGUUUGCGUUGCCUUAAGAAAAAUUGAUCAACUUCUUGAUUGAGAUGGAAUCUCAAUACAAUAUGAACAACAACCCAUAUCACAAUUUCGAUCAUGGAAUCGCAGUGAUGUAGGCUGUCAAUUGUUUCAUCAAAUCAUUGACAAAACAAUUAGAUUAACAAUUCUUUAACAAUAUUACUAAGUUUUGUUUAUUGUUGUCAGCCUUAUGUCAUGAUGUUGCUCAUACAGGUAAGACCAAUGCCUAUGAAGCAAACUCAAUAAGUCAAUUGGCUAUCCGUUAUCAUGACAAAGUGGUAUAUUGUAUUUUGUUAACUCUUUUAUUAGAUACUGGAAUAACAUCAUGCAGCAACAACGAUUAAAAUUUUAAGAGAUGAUUAAACCAAUAUUCUUUGCAACUUUUCGGAUUAGGAUUUCAGAACUUUUAGGAAAUAACUAAUUUCCAACAUCUUGUCUACAGAUAUGCAGGAGCACUUCAAGAUGCUGAAGGAAUUCGAAUCCAGGAUAGAAUAAUAUGGUAAUGAUCCUGAGGAUUUGUCGUUGUUAUGUGGGAUGAUCACUCACACUGCUGAUUUUAAUGGGACUGCAAGGAAGUGGCCUCAAAGUAGAUUGUGGAGUGAGAAAAUCAAUUAAGAGUAUCGGGCUCAGUAUGCGGAAGAGGGCAAGAAAGGGUAUUCUCAAUAGCCAUUUAUGAAAGAUUUGGACAAGGUAAAAUAGAGUAUUGAAUAUCAAAGUUGCACGUGAUGUCCAAAAAUGAAAUUGGGUUCAUCAAGGUUAUAGUUAGGCCAUUGUAUCAUUAGAUGAACUUGUUUGGCAAAGGAGCAUUUUAAGAUUGUGUGGAUAAUUUGGAUGAGACCAUAUUUGAAUGGGAGAAGGUGUAUUAGUAAGAGUUGAAAGCAUUGCAAUAAUAAUAAUAAGGUAAUUAAUGAUUACUGAUGAUAUUUUUGUUGUGCUGGGGAG